AUGUUUGUUCUUGAUCCAUUGGAACCAAUAUUAACAUCAGAAACAACAUCAAAUAAUCUGAUAUCUAAUCAUACUGAUGUAUCUCAAGACUCACAAAAUAUUGUUGAAUUAUCAUCAGGUGAUGAAACUUCAUUAACAAAAGUGAAUUCAGAUAAUGUUAGAAAUGUUUAUAACCAACAAACACAUAUUAAUGAAAAUCCUCAACUUUAUCAAAAUUCGAGUUAUGAUGAUAAUGAUUUAAGACGAGAUUUAUCUCAAUAUCGAUUUG